UUACACUACCGUCAACACACAAAAACACCUUCGGGCUCCGGACUGACCAUCAAGACUUCAAACUGGAACAUUCCACGAAGUGCAGAGAAAUGGUCGUACGGAUGUCCUCCGUUGAAAGUACAGGUCUAAAAUCACCCUCCCCCUCGACUGCGGACGACGAGGAAAACAGCGACGAAUACGUGGAUGAUGUCUUCCAGGAAGAUGGUGGAUUACUUGAGGGACGUUACACGGACAAAACUGUUAUUCUUGUGACUAAGUGUGAGGAAACCAAUAAAAGUGUUCUGCUGAGGAGCUUGGUUGGGAACUCCAGUAAUGGUGUCACCCGGAAAAUUCGACAUGGAAAGGUGGAAAAGGUGAAAAGCCCGAAGGUAGAACUGAAACAUGUGAACAUGCCACUGCGGGCGAACCUUAGGCAGCAGCUCCAGAAAGCGCAGCUUGCGGAGGAGGUAGAGCGAGAGAAGGACACAUCACUUCUGUCACAGUCCCAUCGUCAUGUCUCCACCAAGCCUCAGGUCAUCCAGGUGCCAAUGUCCAGCUCCCUCAACUCUGGGGAAGUCCCAGUCCAUAUCCUCAAGGUUCAGACACAGCUGAAAAAUCCGACACUGUUCCAUGUACAGGAGAAUAAAAAACGUCAGAUCCAGGCAUUCCUAAGUAAGUCCCUGGACAGUCCUGGGGCCAUACAGUCUCUGCCAAAUAUCUCCACAAUGACCAUCAACACCAAUGAAUUAGGACUGAGUGGGAGUGCGCCGGUUGACCCGGACAGUCCUCUGUCUGUUGGACUGAGUAGCUGUGCCACCAGUGUUUCUGACAUGGACAACCUUCUUAGCGAUAUUCUCAGUCUAGAACCUGUCGAUGUCACAGUGGAUCAUGAUCUCAACUCCAUAGAGCCAUCUCUCACACAUAUGUCCUCCACGCUGCCGCAGUCCAACUUGGUUAACAAUGUGCACGAGCUGACGGGUAAUACAGAGUCAUCUAAUUCCUGUCCAGCUGCGUUCAGACGGGCCGAAACACCUCCUUUCAUGUCGGAGGAAGAGUCCCGCAUGUGGGCGAAAGACAGACAGAAGAAGGACAACCACAAUAUGAUUGAAAGAAGAAGACGAUUUAAUAUAAAUGACAGAAUAAAAGAGCUUGGAACACUGCUGCCAAAGACUAUUGAUCCGGAUUUGCGACAGAAUAAAGGCACCAUUCUCAAGGCUUCUGUAGAUUACAUUAGGAGGCUAAAGAAGGACCAGGAGAGGAACCGACAGCUAGAGGACCGACAGCGUGGCUUGGAACAGACCAACAGGAAGAUGCUUCUCCGCAUCCAGCAAUUGGAGCUUCUCAUGCAAGCACAGGGCAUGACCUCCGGCAUGCAAGACGAUAUUGACAACUUCAUCAUGCAAAGCAAUGCAUCUCAUCAGAUUCAACAGCAGCAAAACAUUUCAAUGACUCUGACUAACACACAAAAUUUGUCACCAGCCGUUACCUUGGCGCCACUAGAGACACAUAGUCAGACUCAUCAUCUGUUGGACGAUUUAAUGGACGAUACAUCUCCGUUGGGUAUUGACCCAAUGCUGUCUUCACAACCCGUCAGUCCGAACGACAUGGAUGACUCAGAAGAACUGUGAUUAAACUUUGUUAAUUAUGAUUGUUUUGUAUAUAUAUACAGUUCAGACAGACCAGAUUGAGAUCACCGACUUUUAGGUUUGUUGUGUGCUCUGAAGUACGAAGGUAUCCCAAUGAAUGCCGCCCCAAUAGUGCUAGCACACAGAGGUAUAUCUGUCUGGCAGAGUUUCUUAAAAUGGCAAUUUUACAAUGAAACAAUGCAAGUUCUUGGAGCCACAUUUUGCAAGUUAAACAUAUUCAAAGAAUAUGUUCAGAUGUCAAAAUGUCUGGUAAGUUGAAUGGAUACUGAGAGAAGUGGAUGUAAGAUAAGGUAUUUUGUAGUAUUGUGUGUCUAGUUACAUUGUACCAGAACAUACACAGCCAAAUACGCUUUUGAUGCACAACAAAGAGCUCAUCAGUAAGCCAUUUGGCACAUACUAGGGGCUGAUUUGUUAUGAAUGUGUGUGUUUUCUGUAAAUACACACAUGUACAGGUAAACUGUGAAUACACAUGUGUACAGUUAAACUGUGAAUACGCAUGUGUACAGGUAAACUGUGAAUACUCAUGUGUACAGUUAAACUAAAAUACACAUGUGUACCGGUAAACUGUGAAUACACAUGUGGACAGGGAAACUGAAUACACAUGUGUACAGGUAAGCUGUGAAUACACAUGU